AGAGAGAGAGAGAGAGAGAGAGAGAGAUGGGUUCCAUGGCGCUCCUCCGUUCGUCGGCCUGCUUCCUCUUUGUCCUCAGCUCGUCGCUCGGGGCGGCGAAUGGGAUGUAUCGCAGGGCUGGCGGGGAGGCCGACGAGGAGGGGUUCAGCAGCAGCAGAGGGGUCACCGACGGCGCCCGCGGCCACAGGAGGGCGUGGCCGGGGUACCUCUACACCAGAGCAGUCGGGCGAUGCACACCCCAGUUCUGGAGCAGUGGAGCCGAGCAAUGGCCCAACAUUGUCCCGCCGGAAGCGGCGGUGUGGAAGGUGUUCGGCUCCAGGUCCGUCGACAAGUACGGGCCGCGCCUUACCCUGCUGGAGGCUACCAUGAGGACCGAUGACGUCAGCAGCCCCUUUGCCAAGCUCGUGAAGCACGGAAGCGCGGCGCUCAUCAACGCCUACACCAGGACAGGCUUCCCUUUCGGUUCCUGGGAGGUGAAGGCGCUGCUGCUGGAGGCGCUCGGCUCCGAGGACGCCGCGGCCGCCCAAGCCGAGCGGUUCGAGCAGGCGAACGAGUCCUGCGUCUGAA